ACUUUGGUGAAGGUGAAGGUUUAGACUGAAGAUACCAAAGAAAAGGAUGUCGUUUCUUUACAAAUCUCAGCUUCAUCGAGGAGGGAGGGGUUCUUGAUUCAAUAACUUUCUCCAACUUCAAAAUGGAAUGUAACUCCUCCAAUGGAGGAACCAGAGUUAGCAUCAACAGAUCAAAGGAGUAAGCGUAGAUCCUUCCCGUUACCAAAGGCAGCACCUUGGCUAGUUACCCCAUAUGGAAAAGGUGAGAAAUUUCAAUCUUUUUAUAAUAUCUGUGAACCAAAUAACACAAGUUGCAGAAAAUUCAUACCGGAAUUGAAAGGAAAAUCUGCUUAUCAGAAGAAUUCUCAUCAAGGGUGGUUAAUUAUUCUUUGUGAUGAUGAUGAAUUUGAUUACACACCAUGGAAUUAUGGAGAUUGCUUUUUAUUGAAUCCAUUGACAAUGGAGAGUAUAGAGUUACCUUCUUUUGUUUAUUGGUAUACAUUAGAUGGAUAUUGUUUGAGUGACUGUCUAUUGUCUUCACCUCCUAAAAGUAGAACUAGUACUAAUGUUGGUGGGAAUGGAAAUUCCAUGGUUUUUAUGCUUUUUAGUAGAAAAGAUAAACCAGGGGAGGAGAUUCUUGUGUUUUGUUAUCCAGGUGACAAAGAAUGGAGAACUCAUAAGUUCUCGGACAUAUCCGGUGUAGGAAAUCUUCGAUGGAUGUCUUACUUUAAAGAUAAGUUAUACAUCACGUUGUAUGGUGAAAAAUAUUUAGAGAUAGAUAUACAACAUGCGUCUGAGCCUGUCCUGUCUAUUAGUAAAAUCGAUGUCAGUUACAACAUCAAAUAUGAUUCAAUAGGCGGGAUCUUUGAUUCUCGAGUUUUAACAUAUUACGUGGAGUCGGCUGAUGAAAUCUUCAUGAUUAGAAAGUUUUUCAUUAUUAGAGGUGUUUAUCAAGAUUGUGUAACCAAUAUGGUGAUAUCAAAGUUGGAUUUCCUUACAAUGUCUUGUGUGGAGGUGACAAGUUUGGAUGAUCAUGUCUUAUUUAUAAGCAGUAAUACUAGAUUGUGUUGCUCGGCCAAGGAAUUGGGUUUAACACGUGGUUGCGUGUAUUUUACACAACCUGGUGAGAUGAUCUUGUACAAAUAUGAUUUAGAAGAUAAAACCAUUAUGCUUUCACAGCCAUGUCCAGAUUUACCAAAGCCGUGGUUCUCGCCCAAUUGGCUUAUGAUUCCUACAACAUUUUGGAAUGCCGACGCUCGACGAGGAGGAACAGAAUCCAUGCCAGGUAGUAACAGUAAUCGAGGUAACAAUUCUAAGGCAAUAGAAAAAUCUAGCUCAGCAGUAUUGCCAGUCAACACAAAAACUAGCAAUGAUGAUGAGAAAGAAGAUAUUGAGGAAGCAUGGCCUUGGUAUAUACUUACCGAAGAUAUAGUGCGGUUGAUAGCAUAUUGUCUAAGCCCGUUGGAUUACAUGCAUCUGCGUGCUGUUUGUAGAAGCUAUCGUUCAGUAUUUCCUUUAGUGAAUUGGAGAAGAUUCUGUUCUACUAAGAACUUACAGGCCCCUGUUUUGUCUCCAUGGCUGGUUUUCGCUAAGGAUAAUGAAUCUAUCUACAGUUUCAUAAACCCAAUGCAUAAUGAUGAGAGUUACCUCACGAGCAUCCCUGAUAUCUUAAAAGGUUCAACAAUUCGCUUCUCGAAAGGUGGUUGGUUACUCAUGUCAAAAGGUAAAUAUAGUGUUUUCUUCUAUAAUCCAUUCACAAAAGCAAUCAUCAAACUUCCAGUCUUGCCAGAUGGUUGUAAUUAUCUGUUCCGAGGUAUCUGUUUCUCGUCCUUACCGACUUCUUCAGAUUGCACUGUUUUUGCCAUCAGUAGUUACGUUAGUGAUUCAGUAUGCAUCUCCUUCAUUAAACGGGGAGACAAAACGUGGACAUAUGAAAGUCGGUAUGAGAAUGUUUAUUUACCUCCUAAUAGAACAAACAUGAAAUUCGAGGCGAGUCUUAACACUCCAAUUUUCUACAAUGGAGCUUUUUAUUGCUUGGAUGUAAAUGGAACUUUAGGAGUAUUUACAUCAGAGAACGUCACAAGGUGGGAGGUUUUGUCCAUGGUUCCCCCGCCUAAUUGUGGUUUUAUCUAUAGGAGUUACUUGGUAGAGCUUGAAGGAAAGCUUUUAUCUGUGUUAUUAGGCCAUUAUGGAAAAUGGGUUCGGAUAUUUAGACUGGACAUGUCAAAAAUGGUUUGGGUUGAAGUUGAAAAUUUAGGACGGCAUGUGUUGUUUAUCAGCAAUACAUCUUGCAUCGCAACAAUUGCUCAGACUAGUCGGAUGGAGAACAAAAUCUACUUUCCUAGGUUGCAGAACCAAGGAAUUCUGUUUUACUCUCUGGAUUCAGGUAAAUAUCAUUCUCUUGAGGGUGAAUAUUACGGUAGAGAUUACUGUAACUCGAAAGACAACUUAAGGUGCAGCUGGAUAGAACCUAAUUGGCCAGAAACCACGAAGCCAAAUUUCGACUGGUCCUAGCAUUUUUUUUCCCUUGCUCUUAUGAAGCAGUUUCAGUUUCUUCUUGUAUCAUGUGUAUCUUAAGAGCCUCAUGGCUGUAAUUUUAGACGAUUGAUAUUUUUUUUUCAAUUUAAAAGAAAACAAACUCUUCCUUAAAUCA